UCACUAAAUACAGUGACCGCAAUCCUGAACAAAAUGACCCCGCAAUCUUUCGAAAAGCUCUCAGGACAGCUUUGCAAACUGGAAAUGACAUCAUCUGAAAUGCUUCGACGAGUGAUUGGUGUCAUCUUUGACAAGGCAGUUGAUGAGCCGCACUUUGCUGUUGUAUAUGCGGCCCUCUGUGCACGCCUUGCCGAGGAAACACGUGUCUGGCCUUUUAUUCGCUCUGUGAAAGAUGAAUCUACUGGACUUUGGUCGUGGAUUGCCGAUCUUGAUGUCGACACGUCAAAGUUACGACCACUACCCAAGCUUUCAUCUGUGGACCUACUCCUAAGUUCCCCAGAUAAUGACUUUGAGGAAAUUGGAAUCGGUCAGCUACAGCUUCAUCCAUCAGAUUGCUUUCUUAAGAACAAUACUCUAGUGUGCUGUUACUUUGCCGAGCAGCGACCUGGAGUUGUCUGGUUUCUGUGUUUAGCGUGUGAGGGCUUCAAAAUUGAACACUGUGCUGUUAGGUUUUUGCUGUGGUACAAGACGCUGAAGCCAGACUAUUUGAUAAUGGCAAAAGCAAGCUAUUUGGCACGUUUGCAACUAAGGCAGAUGCCCAACAAGAUGCAAUGAAAAAAGCGUCCUUCAAACGCUUGCUUCUCAAUCAAUGCCAAGAAGAGUUUGAGCGAAACGUUCGAAGUUCUGGCGGUUCAGCAGCCCUUGAAGCAGCAGCACGUGAGGCAAGAGAUAAUGCGAAGCAAGCCGCCAUAGACGCCACAAGGGCUGCUGCAGAGCAAGGGGUGCCACCCAAGGAACUUCCAGAUGAACUUGAAUUGGAAAUCUGGAUCACAAAGCUGAAGCGACGCAUGCUGGGCAAUGUCAAGUUUAUUGGAGAGCUCUUUAAACAGCAACUUCUAAAAGAAAAGAUAAUGCAUGAAUGUAUUAAGCUACUUCUUGGGUCACUCGAUGAUCCUAACGCGGUUCCAGACGACGAGUCCAUAGAAGCUGCAGCAAAGCUUUUCCUCACAAUUGGCAAGCAGCUUGAGUCACCAGCCGCAUCUAAGGCCAAGCUCGAUGCGCACUACCCUGAGCCCACUAUCUCUAACAAUGCCUUAGCUACGACACUACACUUUCUAGGUACUGCAAGCGGCUCUCUGUUCUUUCAAGAGAUAAAACGAGGCUUGCUGCACGCACACGCUUUAUGCUACGAGACCUCUUGGAGUGCCGUCGCAAUGGCUGGAGAGAACGGCGAGCUAAAGAUGGUCCGCACAAAUUGGGAACAAAAGCAUCCACAACACAAGGAAAAGGCGAAAAUCAGUCUCGUCGUGAUGAGGAACGAAAUCUUGCCCGUGAGCGCCAGCGCCAAGCUAUCUCACAGCAGCAGCAGCAGCAACGG